AUGGAUUCUACCACAAUAAAUGUGAAUGAGAAUCCAGAAAAUGUUCCUAGUAAAUGUUUGUCAUCAAAUUGUAUUUCACCUACUAUAAAGAAAAAAACAUCAUUAUGUACUCCUAAACAAAAUAUUCAAUGUGAAAAUAAUAGAUUUAUGGUUAAACAACUAUCUAAAAGUGAUUGUCAUUUAAAUGGAAUAUCUGAAUUUCCUUGUACUAUGCAAAGAACUGAAAGUAGUGCAACAGACUGUCUUCUAGAACAACCAGGAAUGUUAGAUGUUCCUGUUUCACCAUUAUCGCCAAAUGAAACGGGAAAAAAUCUUUUUUCAUGGGGUGGUUCAAUCAAAAGAGCUAAUACAAUUACUGGAGGAUCAAAUGAUCACAAUUUGGCCUUAUAUGAAGAUCAAAAUGCUACAUUUUUGAGUGCUUAUUUUAGAGCUUACACAACACCUGGACCAAGUGAAAGAGCACAUUCAAAAAAAGGAAAAGCUGAUCUUGGAGUUAUGCUUGGAGUAUAUCUUCCAACAAUUCAACAUAUUCUUGGAGUUACAAUGUUCAUUCGUCUUGGAUGGUGUGUAGGUGUAGCUGGUAUUGGUCAAACAUUUCUUAUGUUAAGCGUUUGUUGUUUCUGUACAUUUUUAACUUGUAUUAGUAUAUCUGCUGUAGCUACCAAUGGUGUCAUUGAAUCAGGAGGAGCGUAUUUUAUAAUAUCACGUAAUUUAGGACCAGAAUUUGGAUCAGCAAUUGGGCUAUUAUUUUAUUUAGCAAAUACAGUUGCUACAUCUAUGUAUCUUGUUGGUGGUGUUGAAAUUUUACUUUUAUAUAUAGCUCCAGGUUUAACAAUAGGUGGAACAGAAGUACAAUCAGAUACAGGAUUAUUUGGGAUGAUGACACAUAAUUUAAGAUUUUAUGCAACAAUAUUAUUAUUAAUUGAAUUUUGUAUUGUUGCAAUGGGUGUUAAAUUUGUACAACUUCUUGCACCUGUAUCAUUAGUUACUGUCAUUAUUUCAAUUCUUGCAUGUUAUGCUGGUAGUAUAGAAAAAACAUUAAAUCCAACUAUGGGACCAUAUGUUUGUAAAAUAGAUAAUCAUUUACUUGCAUCAAAAAGUUACCUACCACAAGGUAUGGGAUUAGAUAAAGUUUGUGAAUUUUGUAAUAUAAAUAAUACUUUAUUAAUGAAUAAUGUUUGUAAAAAUAAUACAUGUUUGUGGGAUAUGAAUAAAUUGAAAUGUGUUAAUGGAUUUCCUGGUUUUACAAGUUCAGCAUUAUUAGAUAAUUUAGGUACAAAUUAUCCUGGUAAAAAUGAAUAUUUACAUGGUUCACCUGCUGUAACAAAUAUUGAAAUAUUUCAAGAUGUUAGAACAAGCUUUUUUGUUCUUUUAGCUAUUUAUUUUCCUGCUGUAACUGGUAUAUUUACAGGAGCAAAUAUGUCAGGUGAUUUAAAAAAUCCAGGAAAAUCUAUUCCAUCUGGUACAAUUUGUGCACAAUUAACAACAUCUUUUAUAUAUUUUUCUUUGGCACUUUGUUUUGGUGCUGUUAUUGAUGGAGAUGUUUUAAGAGAUAAAAAUGGUUUUUCAUUAAAUGGUGGUAUGGUUGUAGCUUCUUUAGCAUGGCCAGCUGAUUGGAUACUUUUAGCUGGUUCAUUUUUAUCAACAUUUGGUGCUGCAUUGCAAUGUCUUUGUUCAGCACCACGUCUUCUUCAAGGUCUUGCUAAAGAUGAUGUUAUUCCUAUACUUUCUGUAUUUUCUAAAGUAACCAAAAAUAAUGAACCAUUUUAUGGAUUAAUAUUAACAACAUUUAUUGCUGAAUUAGCUGUUCUUCUUGGUGCUAUGGAUUCUAUUGCUGCAGUUGUUGAUUUUUUCUUUUUAAUGUGUUAUGCUUUUGUUAAUCUUAUUUGUGCACUUCAUUCAAUACUUGGUGCACCAAAUUGGAGACCACGUUUUCAAUAUUAUCAUUGGAGUUUAUCAAUAUUAGGAGCUGGACUUUGUUUCUUUAUUAUGUUUUCAACACAUUGGGAUUAUGCAAUUAUUUCAUGCCUUCUUUGUAUAAUUAUUUAUAAAUAUGUUGAAUGGAAAGGUGCUAAAAAAGAAUGGGGUGAUGGUAUUCGUGGUUUAGCAUUAAGUACAGCACAAUAUAGUUUAAUGAAAAUUGAAGAUAAAGCACCACAUCCAAAAAAUUGGAGACCACAACUUUUAGUACUUCAUUCAAUGCCAUGGUCAAAAGAAUUAGUUGAUAUUAGAUAUUUAAAUUUAUUACAUUUAGCAUCACAAUUAAAAGCUGGUAAAGGAUUAACAAUUGUUACAUCAUUUGUUCGUGGUGAUCCAAUAAGUAUUGAAGAUCGUGAACAUGCAAAUAAAGUUAGAACACGUAUGGAAUUUGAUAUGAAUAGUUUACAUCUUCGUGGUUUUGCCAAAACAUUAUUAUAUGGUGAAAAUCAAAUAGCUGGAAGUUUAUCAACUCUUAUUCAAAGUGUUGGUAUUGGUGGUUUAAGACCAAAUACAUUAUUAUUAAGUUGGCCAAUACAUCGUGAUGAUAUGGAUAGAAAUUUAGAUUCUGAAUAUUUAACAUUUACUGAUAAAAUUCAUAUUGGUGCUGCUAUGAAUAUGUCACUUAUUGUUGCUAAAGAUAUUACUGAUUUUCCAACAACAGUUAAAAUGAAUGGUUAUAUUGAUGUUUAUUGGAUUGUUCAAGAUGGUGGACUUUGUAUUCUUCUUGCUUACCUUCUUAAACAACAUAGAGUUUGGAGACAUUGUAAACAACGUGUUAUAGCUGUUGCACAGAAAGAUGAUAAUAAUACAAAAUUAAUGAAAGAUCUUCAAAAUUAUGUUUAUCAGCUUCGUAUUUCAGCUGAUGUUUGUGUAGUUGAAUUAAGUGAUCCAACAAUUAGUAAAAAUGCUUUUGAAAGAACAUUGUUAAUGGAAGAAAGAACUAAAUUCCAAAAAGAACUUCAUCAACAAAAAAUUGAAGCUAGUAAUAAUUCUAAUGGUUUUGUUAAUAUUUCUCUUGCUGAUACUCAAUCACAAAGUAGUAAGAUUGUUGAUGAAACAUUAGAUACUAUUUAUGAUUCUGUAACUAGUGAAGAAAUUAAAACUGAUUCAUCUGAUGAUGUAAAGAGUGAUGAAAAAGUUGAAGAAAAAACAAAUAAGACAAAGAAAACUGCAACAUUAGCUAUUGAUGAUGAACAUGAAAAAAAUAAGAAACUUAGAGCAUUAGAUAGAAAGAAAGUUCAUAAAAUGCAUACAGCUGUUCGUCUUAAUGAAUUAAUUCAAGAAAAAUCAGGAGAUUCAUCACUUAUACUUUUGAAUCUUCCAAGGCCACCACAUACCAAAGAAGGAUUAGAUGAUUAUAUUCAUUAUAUGGAAGUUUUAUCAGAUAAAAUUCCUCGAGUACUAUUUGUUAGAGGUACUGGACAAGAAGUUAUAACAACUAGUUCAUAA